UGUGACCUCUAGGGCUGCUAUGAAAAGGACCUGCUGCAGUUUGAAGAUGUUGUGAGUGUGUAAUGGCCUUCAACCUCUCCCUUGCCAGUUGUGCACACUCGUCAACAGGAAAAUGCCAUUUGAGAUGGAUAAGUUUACAAUAUGGAGCUGCAGCCCAAUACAUAUACUCUGCUGCUCUGGACAAAGUCUCUAGACAGACAGCCUUGUACCAAUGUAAGUACUGGAUUUUCGAGACAACUCUGGAAAGGUCAUAAUAAAUACAAUUUACCUGCGGGUCUAUGUGCCGAGUCAGUCUAGCAGUAUCAAUAUUUUUUAAUUUGGAUACAAAGUUACAAAUAGCGCAGAAUGUUGCUAAAUGAUAGACACGGAUGUGUAGUACAUGAUUGACAACGAAGCACUGUGGUCUCAGAAUGUUGUCUUGGGAAGUCGAACCAACAAUCAACGAGCGUUCUGACGUUGCUGGGCAACAUGACACCAAUUACGUUUUCCUUAGCAACGUGUGAAUGCGCUUUGGCAAGCGACUUGGAUUCAUGUUAUAAGCGGGUAAGAAAAUAUUUUACAGUUUUCCCAAAGCCAGUUCCAAACUAAGCUAUCUACUUAGCCACAUUUCAUUAGAUAUUGUACAAUAAUUGUACAGGUUAAUGAGUUUUGUCGAAACGCCAUAUUUACUGAGUCAGAAUUUGAUAGUUAGCAUUUUGGUUAGCAAAGAGCAAAAAACACGUAACGUUAGCUUGUUUACUUCGACUAGCUUGGUCAGUCAAUCUCUCAGCCAGAGGGCCUAGAAGUAGGACCAACGGGGUCUCAGAGGGCUUUCAGGGGGUCCCUGAAAAAACAGCUAAAUUAGCAACAAAACCAAAUUAUAGCGCUCACAUUCAAUGGAAUAACUAUUUGACAUCCAGACAUUAAAACAUUUCAUUGUGCAAUUGCAUGGCAAAGUUGUUUCGUAUUCAUUUUAUGUUACUUGUUACACAAUAUCCCACCUUUUCCCCAUCAAACAGACUGCAAAUCACCUUAUUGCAAUGGAUGAAACGGCAAAACCCCUAAGAAUUCCACCUGAAAUGGCUAUUUAUGCAGAGAAGCAUGAAAUAUUUGAUUUAGUCCAGACAUUGGUGACAAAUCUUAUGGUUGAUAAGCCAGAGGAUCCCAUCCAGUAUCUAAUUGUUCUUCUCAAAAGGGGCAGUGUUCAGGUACCCAGAGUGAUGUUGUUAGGUCCACCUGCAUCAGGGAAAAGAACUGUUGCCAGGAAGCUGUGUGAACACACUCAAGUGAUCCAUAUUACAGACAGCAACAUUCUGAAGGAAGACACUGACCUAACAAAGAAGGCACUACAAUACAAAGCCAAGCAACAGGACAUCCCAGGUGACCUUUGGAUUAAGUUGAUUCAGCAACGGCUGUCGAAAAUAGACUGUGUCCGACGGGGUUGGGUGUUGGAGGGGAUACCUCAGACACGAGAGGAGGCCCUGUCCCUACAGGAGGCUGGAGUUGCCCCAAAUCAUGUGGUGUUGCUGGAGGCACCCGAUGCAGUGCUGAUUGAACGGAGUCAGGGCAAGAGAAUAGACCCUGUCACAGGAGAUGUGUACCACGUCACGUUCAUUUGGCCCGAGGACAAGGAAGUGGUGCAGCGGUUAGAGCGCCAGAAGGCCGUGUCAGAAGAGCAGCUUGUCGCCCAGCUGAUGCAGCACCAUCGCGAGGUUCACGCCCUGCGUAAGACCUACCGCAACUGCCUGAAGGGCAUUGAUGCCGACCAACCGCAUGUGGACGUAUUUGACCAAGUUCUGACGUACAUUCUCUCGCGGCACUGUUCUGUGGCCCCUCACACCCCCAGGGUCCUCCUAUUUGGGCCCCCUGGCUCAGGCAAGAGUCUGCAGGCGAAACUUAUCUCUCAGAAAUACAACAUUGUCAAUCUUUGCUGCGGUGAGCUUCUGGAGGCGGUUUCUGCAGACGCGACCAAUAUGGGAGAACUCAUUAAACCUUACUUGGAAUCUGGACAACAAGUGCCUGAUAGUAUGGUGCUGCAGAUCCUGACAGAGCGUCUCAGCAGGCUGGACUGUACCACACGAGGCUGGGUGCUGCAUGGCUUCCCCAGAGACCUGGAGCAGGCAGAGAAACUCCAGGAGUCCAACUUCAUCCCCAGCAGGGUCUUCUUUUUGGAGAUGACAGACGAUGUGGCCAUCGAGAGAGUCACUCUGAGGUCAAUCGACCCUGUCACUGGGGAGAGAUACCACUCACUGUAUAAACCAGCCCCCAGUCCUGAGGUGCAGACCCGUCUGCAGUUCAAUCCCAAGGACUCCGAGGCCCAACUGCUUCAGCAGCUAAAGGAGUACUGGGCCAAUGAUUCCUCCCUGCAGGACCUCUACCCUGAGGCGGUGCAUAUCAACGCUGACCAGGACCCACACACCGUCUUUGAGUCUCUAGAGAGUCGUCUAGUCGGACGUCUUCAAAACGACUCCUGAAUUCUAAUCGAGACCCCCACCCACCCUCAUGAUUUUUACAUUAACACAAGCAGAGUGAAGAUCCUUUUUAGUUAGUAUAGCGUAUUGGAAUCUUAAUUGUAGAAAUAAAAGGAGUUUAUUGUUCAAACCC